AGCGUUUCUUUUCGCCUGGAACAGCCCAACAGCCUGGAACGCGGGAUCAUGGCGGUGGGCAAGAAUAAAGGUCUCUCGAAAGGAGGAAAGAAGGGAGUGAAGAAGAAGAUCGUGGAUCCCUUCACUCGCAAGGACUGGUACGAUGUCAAAGCACCGUCCAUGUUUGCCAACCGACAGGUUGGAAAAACCUUAGUUAAUAGAACCCAAGGAACAAAGAUCGCUUCCGAGGGGCUAAAGUUCCGUGUCUUUGAAGUAUCUCUAGCGGAUUUACAAAGCGAUCAGGAUGCAGAGAGGUCCUUCAGAAAAUUCAGAUUGAUCGCUGAGGAUGUGCAAGGUCGUAAUGUACUGACCAAUUUCCACGGAAUGGACUUGACAACAGAUAAACUUCGAUCAAUGGUGAAAAAAUGGCAAACUUUGAUCGAAGCCAACGUGGACGUGAAGACUACCGAUGGCUACCUGCUUCGAGUGUUCUGCAUCGGCUUCACGAAUAAAGAUCAGCUGAGCACGAGGAAGACGUGUUACGCCCAGCACGCUCAGGUUAAAAAAAUCAGGCAGAAGAUGGUUGAAACCAUUACAGAGGACGUUACUAAAACUGAUUUGAAAGGUGUAGUUAGUAAACUGCUUCCGGAUGCAACUGCUAAGGACAUCGAGAAGGCCUCGCAAGGCAUAUAUCCUCUGCACGAUGUUUACAUUCGUAAGGUGAAAGUAUUGAAAAAACCGCGUUUCGAACUCAGCAAAUUGUUGGAGUUGCACGGAGAUGGGGGCGGUAACAAGAGCGAGGAGGCCGGCGAAAGUGGUUCCAAAAUAGAUAGACCGGAAGGUUACGAACCACCUGUACAAGAGUCUGUUUAAGGAUGGGUGUUUUAAAUCUUUCAUAAAAAUAAAAGCCAGACGAUUGUGUAAAUAACA